GUGGUUGGCCCGUAAACUUGCGGUGAUGUCCAGCUGAGGCCGGAGGAGGCUGGGCUAGCUUUUCUUUCCUUUCUUAUCUCAUCGGCCACGAGUGGGCCGUUCCCUGGGAGUUUGGGGCUGUUUUUUAACAGCGUUGCGGUGGCUGUGCCUGGCGUUUAUUUUCUAGGAGGGUUUGAUCAGCCGGGACUCACCGAUGUCAUGGGGUCACUGACCUUUCUGCUCGGUGCUGGCUGCCCGGGGGUGUUUGUUUUGCGAGCAGGGGAUGCUGUUGAAGGCUGGGAUUAUGGCCGGUGCUGCAGCGGGGUUUUUUGCAGGACAGCGUUGGGCAGGAGAGGUGGACUCGUGCAGAAGGUGACGCUGGGGUCUCCAUAGCCAGCUUUGCUCGUGGAGAGGCCAUGGCCACCUAGUGCUCCCCGGGACCACGGGGGUCGGCUGGGCCAGAGAUGGCAGCACAGAGGAUCCGGGCAGCCAACUCGGGCGGCCUGCCGAGGUGCAAGUCGGAAGGGACCCUCAUCGACCUUGGCGAGGGCUUUGCCGAGACCAGCCUCUGCGAUGUCAAAGUGCCUUCUCCUAGUGCCUUGCUGGUUGACAAUCCCACAUCCUUUGGAAAUGCGAAGGAAGUAAUAGCAAUCAGAGAUUACUGUCCGACUAAUUUCACCACUUUGAAGUUCUCUAAGGGCGACCACCUUUAUGUCUUAGACACGUCAGGAGGUGAGUGGUGGUAUGCUCACAACACCACGGAAAUGGGUUACAUCCCUUCCUCCUAUGUCCAGCCUGUGAACUACCGCAACUCUUCCUUAACGGACAGCGGGAUGAUAGAUAAUCUACUGGAGAGCCCUGACGAGGGGGUCAAGGAGUUAGACCUGCUGGGAGAAUGGACUGACACGAAAAGGAACUCUGCGAAAACCUACAAUAACAACCCGUUCUUGAAUGGAGUCCAGACAAACCCAUUUCUGAAUGGGAAUUUGCAAACAGCGCCCAGCUCAGACAAAGAGUCUGACUCUAACGUUGCCGUUGACUUGCUGCUCUUUGACACAGCAGCUCCUACUUCAGCGGUUUCCAGUUCAGCCACUAAUAGCAGCUUGGGUAACAUUUUUGAUGAGUUUCCAUCCACAAACAGACUGGAUCUGGAACAGCCUGUGAAAAGGGACAAUCCCUUCUUCAGAAGUAAACGCUCCUACAGUUUGUCUGAACUGUCCGUUCUUCAGGCCAAGUCAGAUGCUCCGGCAUCAUCGGGUUUCUUCAGUGGUUUGAAGUCUCCCACCCCUGAGCAGUUCCAGAGCCGGGAAGAUUUUAGGACAGCAUGGCUGAACCACAGGAAGCUGGCUCGGUCUUGCCAUGACUUGGAUUUGCUUGGUCAAAAUCCUGGCUGGGGUCAGACACAACCAGUGGAGACCAACAUUGUCUGCAAGCUGGAUAGCUCUGGUGGGGCAGUUCAGCUUCCAGACACCAACAUCAGCAUCCACGUGCCAGAGGGUCACGUGUGCCCUGGGGAAACGCAGCAGAUCUCCAUGAAAGCGAUGCUGGAUCCACCACUGGAACUGAACAGUGACAAGUGCAGCACCAUCAGCCCAGUCCUGCAGAUCAAACUCAGCAACAUGGAGGUGAAAACCUUCAUCAUUCUGGAGAUGAAGGUGUCAGCAGAGGUCAAGAACGAUGUCAUGAGCAAGAGUUUGGUAGGACUGCAGUGCCUGCGGAGUGACAUGAAAGAGGGGCCAUAUGUGCCAAUGCAGCUGAGCUAUUCAUAUGGGGACACGAUCCAGGUGCAGCUGGAGAACCUGGAGCCUUGCAUGUACAUCGCAGCCGUAGCCCAGGGGCAGAACAUCCUCUACCCUUACACCGUUUGGGAUUACAUCAGCAAGAAGAUCACGGUUGGCGUCUACGGCCCAAAACACAUUCACCCUUCCUUUAAAACCGUUGUGGCUGUGUUUGGGCAUGAAUGUGCACCCAAGACUCUCCUGGUGAACGAGGUCACAAGGCAGUCCCACGGCCCAGCUCCUGUUGCACUCCAGCUCUGGGGAAAGCAUCAGUUUACUCUGUCCCGUCCUCAAGACCUCAAGCUCUGCAUGUUCUCCAACAUGACCAACUACGAGGUGAAAGCUAGUGAGCAAGCCAAAAUUGUGCGGGGCUUCCAGAUGAAGCUGGGCAAGGUCAGCCGCCUUAUCUUCCCCAUUGCAUCCCAUGACCCUAACGAGCUCUCAGACUUCACACUAAGGAUACAGGUCAAGGAUGACAAGGAUGCCAUUUUGACCCAAUUCUGCGUCCAGACGCCACAGCCACCUCCAAAAAGUGCCAUCAAACCAAUGGGGCAGAGGCGGUUCCUCAAGAAGAACGAGGUUGGAAAGAUCAUCCUUUCACCUCUGGCUGCCACCGCCAAGUAUCCAGUUUUUCAGGACCGGCCAGUGUUGAGCUUGAAGUAUGGCAAGCUGCUGAAGACAGUGGUGAGGCAAAGCAAGAACCACUAUUUGCUGGAGUACAAGAAAGGAGAUGUCAUAGCCCUCCUCAGUGAGGAGAAGAUCAGGUUAAAAGGACAGCUGUGGACCAAGGAGUGGUAUAUUGGCUACUACCAGGGAAAAAUAGGCCUUGUGCACACCAAAAACGUGCUGGUGGUUGGGAAGGUCAAGCCCAGCUACUUCUCUGGGCCAGAUCUCACCACCAGCCUGUUGCUCGAGCAGAUCCUGAGACCCUGCAAGUUCCUGACCUACAUCUAUGCCUCUGUGAGGACUCUGCUCAUGGAAAACCUCAGCAGCUGGCGGUCCUUUGCUGAUGCUCUGGGGUACUUGAACCUUCCACUCACAUUCUUCUGCCGAGCAGAGUUGGACAGUGAGCCGGAGCGAGUGGCCUCUGUCUUGGAAAAGCUGAAGGAAGACUGUAACAACACUGAGAACAAGGAGAGGAAAUCUUUCCAGAAGGAGCUGAUGACGGCCCUGCUGAAAAUGGACUGCCAGGGGCUGGUCGUCCGGCUCAUCCAGGACUUUGUGCUGCUGACCACGGCUGUGGAGGUGGCCCAGCGCUGGAGGGAGCUUGCCGAGAAGCUUGCCAAAGUCUCCAAGCAGCAGAUGGAUGCCUACGAGGCCCCGCACCGGGACAAGAUGGGGACAGUGGACAGCGAGGCCAUGUGGAAGCCAGCAUACGACUUCCUUCUCACCUGGAGCAGCCAGAUGGGCGACAGCUACCGUGAUGUGAUCCAGGAGCUGCACACUGGCCUGGACAAAAUGAAGAACCCCAUCACCAAACGCUGGAAGCAUCUCACCGGCACCCUGAUCCUCGUCAACUCCUUGGACAUCCUGCGGGCAGCUGCCUUCAGCCCACAAGACCACGAGGAUUUUGCCAUCUAGCUCCUGCCGUGAAGUUUUUGUCCACAUCUCGUUUGCUGGGGUUUUUUCUGUGCUUUUUUUCCCCUCUUUUUUUAAGUAGUUGACUUUAAAAAGAAGUGGAGGUUGCUCUCCCUGGGUUUUAAGAGGCCAAAGUUUGCAAGUUCUCCACCAGGACUGGAAAUCAUCAAGAGUCAUCCCUCCUUGAUAGGAAGGCAUUCAGAAGGGCAUGGCUUUUCAUACAGCAUUGAUACCAGUUAAACUAUUUCUUACUAAAAAACUUUAAAGGGGGAAAGAGGGUGGGAAGGGAAUCACAAAAGAGGUCACAUUUUCUAGGCAUUUGCAAAUAAAAGUCUAAUUUUUGUAAUAAGCAGUAAAGGUUGUAAGCACUUUGGAGGGAAGUUGUGACUGUUUUUUACAUUGUAGAAACUGCUUUUAAAUUAUCAUUUUUGAGAUGAACGUUAGUCAUGUAAAUAUGUAUUUUAAGAGGAAGCACAGUAAAUGCCCUCCCCCGCCACCACAGUCAGGCUUUGACAGACUCCCAGACGUGACUGUAAAACACCAUAUGAACUUUGGAUGUCCUCAGCUCCACAAGCAUCUUACACCAAAAAGGAGGGUGUUGGGGGUUUUUUUAAUUCAGAGGCCCUGUGACCCGUUUAGUUGAUUUUUGUUUUAUUUUUGUGUCUCUGCAAACAUGCAUUUUCUCAUUCGUGGGCAGGGAGGUCUCGUUGCCUGUUUUCAGAUGCGUGGGUACCAUUUUUAAACCAGGAGAAGUGGCUGCUGCCCCUCAUGCUUCAUCCCACCCAGGUGCUGCAGGACAUCUCUGGAAGAAGCUGGAGGUUUGGGGCCCAGCAGAGACCUCCUUGGGAGAUGGACCAGGAGGGUGGUGAGAGUGGCUCACCCUGCCAUGGCAGCAAACUCCAGAUGCUCCUGCUCUGGGGAGGAGGCAGGACAAGGAGAGGGAAUUGUUGCCAUCCAUAUACCCCUUUACACAC